AUGGCUUCGGCUUCUUUGGACGAUUAUAUGAUUCAGACUCCUGCAGAUGGAUGGUCACUUCUAGGCUUUCUUGAGUAUCGCAAGAAACAAAAUGAUUUCUCGGGACUAAAGGUUAAUGAGCAUUAUAGAUACCAAAUGAGUUUGGUAGCCGUGCAGUCAUACAAUAAAUUCACCGCAGUUGAAAGGGCAAAAGCACAGUAUUGCCUCGACCAUUUCAAGGAUGAGGUUAAAGACGAACGCGUUUGUCAUUUUUGGCGUAACCUUAUUCAGGAAAAGCAAGAGUCGGAGUUAAUCACUCUUGAGAAUGAAAUGAAGAUUUCUCAAAAGAAGAAAGAUUUACUGGUUGAACGUGCUGUCUUUGAACAUACUGAGUUACAGACCGAGUUAUUCUACGCUACCGCACAAGAAGCCGGAAGGCAAUCGCAGAUUAUACAACAAGAAAUAACUUAUAAAUUGAAUGUAGGGAAACGGUCAGCUGAGGAAACAUAUCCCAUCACUUCUCCUCCUAAUCUUCGCAUUCAGCAUGAACAGGAUGAGACACGAACUCCGGAAAAUAAGAUAGGUAGUUUCCAUCAUGUUUUUAAUGUUGCGGAGGUUGUAGACGACGAAGAACCUCCGAUUGAAUGGGAAUUUGAUACACCACGACCAAGUUGGCUGAACAAAGUAAUAGAGGAACAUUGCUUAUUAAUUUCAAAGGAUGAUCCAAAAACUAUAUAUGAAUCGUCGUUAAAAUCAAUUUGGUGGAAGAUCGUAGACUCAUCAGAUCCAAAAUUUGUAGAUUUUCUGUCAGAAUCAGAUCUAUCAGAUCUGAACGCGGUGUUUUUAUCUGCUUUAAAAAAUUGGACCGUGUUAGAACCUUCGGCAGAGAAAUGUUUAAAGUCUCUUGCAAAGCUUGACAGCUAUCAGCUUCGUAUUAUUGGAGAAACCGUAAGACCGAAGGGAACACACGGAGCCAUUAUUAGACUCCAAGAAAUGUUGAAAAACAUUAGGGAUCCAGUUACCCCAGUUACCUUAGAAGCUGACGAUCUAUUUUGUGAUGGAUAUCUUGACGAAGAUAAUAAAAUUUUUCACGAAGAGACCCCACUGCUUGAUCUUAAAGAUCAUAUGGACCCAGAUGUUGCGUAUAUUUUUGACUUGGUUCGAUAUACGUGUGAAAUGAUUGCGAAAGGAAUUCCCGAUAGACAAAACUCAGAGCGGGACAUCGAUAUCUUUAUCAAACGUCACAUUUUUUCAUGUUUCGAUGACAUUUUGGACAGUCAUUUCGGUGAGGUGGUAUCUAGAGCUUCACGGGAUCGUCGAGCAAAUGCGAUAGAUGCUCCGGAUAAAGCAGAAGGCUACCAUCUAGACUGGAUGUUCACGAAACAUGAUUUAGGAAAAAAUUUAUCUUGGGGUCAAGAAUUCUCAGUUUGUGAGCGUACUGGUUCCAAAAUUGAGAACAAGCGAAAGAUUAUUUCAAAUAACUUAAAAGCACAGAAGACUUUGAGAGAUAUGCAUCGAUCUCUAAUUGAAGUGAUAUCUGCUGAAGGUGGAGGAAUACUCUCGAAGCCAAUUCUGCAGGCUAGCACAAAGCUUAUCAUGCCCGGAUUUUUAUCAUCUUACUUUUUGAUGCGUGCUAUUCUAAUUAUAUACGUAGGAGAAGGUUAUUACUCAUCGAUCAAUUUAGCAGAUUUCGACAUACCAACUAAAUACGAGGAGCUAAAGUCUAUCAUUGAGAUAUCACGCAUAAUGCUUCAAGUCAAGAAAUUACUAUCUAUUACUAUUACUCGAUUUAAGCUUAUGAAAAAUAGAGCUAAAAAGGAAAAACUCGCUCCGGGAAGAGUGAUAUUACCUGUUAGACAGAAGGAGUACAGAUCUCCACAGAAACCGAAGAAGCAAACAUAUAAUGUAAUAUUGUCACGUACUUGCGAACCCAAUGGGAGCUUUUGA